AUGUUGCAGCACAAGUACGAGCUGCUCCCUGGCGGCGGGACGCAGAGCGAGCGCUGGGUGUACUCGCGCCAGAAGCAGCUGUUCGGAAUGAUGGCUCUGGGCACAGUCCUCAUGAUCCUUGGCUUCGGCUUUGCAUUCAAGGAGUGGCUGUGGCAGUCGGUUCCGACCCCGCUUGCAGAGGCGAAGCUGGGCGACUGGGUCGGAACCGACGGGCUCGGGCGGAAAUUCUACGAGCUUGGACCCAAGGCGGACGAGAGCUACCAUAUUGGCUUCGUCGAGGGAUAUGAGGGCACGACGGAUGUAGAGCUGACGGCCAGAUUCUUUGUCAACCUGUGGCAAUUCACGUCGACGCUCAUUCCCGAUUCGCUCCGUGGCAGGUUCCAGGCUGGGAUUCAUGCGCACCUCCCGCCGUCGCACAAGUCGAUGUAUCUGGCCCCGUCGGGGCAGGACAUGGAGGCGCCGCUGAAGCCGAUGUGGGACUUCAAGACGAUCUUCCAGACGGACAAGAACGAGACGAAGACGGGCGCCAAGUGGGUCGAGGACAAUCCCGGAUGGACGCUCGACUUCUACAGCGACGACGCUGCCGAGCGAUUCGUGCGCGAGACAUUCCCUCCCGCCGAGCCACCAAAGGAUCACAACGACCGUGACAUCCAGGACGUCUCAUGGACGUGGCACACGCUGAACCGGGGCGUGCUCAAAGCCGAUUUCCUGCGCUACCUUCUGCCACUGGUGAAGGGAGGCGUAUACGUCGACACGGACACGACGCCGACCGAGCCCAUCUCCGAAUGGGGCCGGCACGAGGUGCACUGGCUAAACGUGAACCGGACCGACGGGCCGGGGUGGCGGCAAAAGUUCGAGGGGCGGGACGCGGCGAUUGUACUCGGCAUCGACGUCGAUGUGCACUCUGACCUGAACUGGCAGCGCAACUGGCCCCGACCCCUGGGUAUCUGCCAGUGGGCGCUGGCGAGCGCGCCCUCGCACCCCGUCAUGCUCGAGGCGGUGCGUCGCGUCGUGCGCAACACGGCCUACGUCUCUGCCAUGCACGAGUACGAGGAGCAGAAGAAGCAGCUCGAGGACGUCGAGAAGAGCUUCCGCGCCGCGAAAGCGAAGCUGGAAGAAGAGGGCCGGACGGCACUCCAGAUCGAUCGCCCUCUCGUACAGCACGACAGUCCCCAUGAGGAGACCUUUGACCACCUCUCCGUCAUCAACUGGACUGGCCCCGGAGUCUUCACGGACGCGGUCAUGGCGUACCUCCUCGCCCGAUAUCGAGUUAGUUGGAAGGACCUCCGCGGCAUCACGCGCCCAACGCGGAUCGGCGAGGUCCUCAUCCUCCCUAUCACGGCGUUCAGCCCCGGCGGCCACAAGGACUUUGGCGCCGGACGCGUGGGGAACCCGCAAAACGCCCUCGUUCACGGGUUCAAGGGAAGUUGGAAGAAGGAGGGCUGGUAG